ACUCAUGUUGAAGAGAACUUGAAUCACCCUUUUCCUGCCCAGGUCUGCCUCGACGCGGCGCGCAUGCCCGUGGCCGCGCGCUGCGGCCACGUCUUCUGCGGGCCCUGCGUCGUGCGCCACGCGAAGAUGGACGACGUGAGCCGGAGCGCGCGCUGCCCCUGCUGCGGCGGGCCGCUACGGGUGGGCGACCUGAGGCCCUGCCGCGUGCGGCAGCGCGACGCGCCGCCGGCCGCGGCGAAACGCGCGAUCGAGCUCGUCCUGCUGCGGCGGCCGCGGUCCGCGCGGGCGCCCCGGGCGCACUGCGAGCGCGACGACGGGGAUCUCUGCGAGCCGCUGGGCAAGCUGACGGCCUGCGACGGCGCGGCCUUCGACCGGGCCUGGGCGCGCUUCGACGACGCGGCGGCCGCCGCGGCCGCGGCCGCGGACGACUCCGUCGAGCGGCGCGACGUCGCCGUCGCCGUCGAGGCGCUCGCGGCCGUGCGCGCGGCGGCGGCAUCGCGGCCGCGCGACGCCGUCGACGUGCCCUUGGACGCCGCGGAAAAGGCGUAUUAUUUCUACGGGCGCCGCGACGGCGCCCUCGAGUUCCUGCACCCGCUCUUCCUGAAGCUGCUCCUCGCGGCGGCGGGCGGCGACAGCGACGCCUUGCCGCGGACGUUGACGGCGACGGUGUCGCACGUCGAGCGCGUCGAGCAGACGGAGGAGGCGCGGAGGCGGUUCCCCUGGGCGGCGCACGUGCCGCUCGGGACGGACUUUGCUUUGCUCGACGCGACGAAGAUCGCCGGCGACGGCGACGACGCCUGGGCGAAGCGCUGCGCCGACGCGCGCAGGGCCGACGAGGGCCUCGACGCGGGCCUGCGCGAGCGCGCGGACGCGGUGAGAAAGGAAAGGGACCGCGCGAAGCGCGAGGAGAAGCGCCACGCGAAGCACGGCGAGGCGCGGCUCCCGAAGAAGGCGGACCCCUUCGCCUACUCGCGGAGCGACUUCGGGCGCCUCUCGUCCGAGGCCGUGCCCAUCCCCGGCGCCGGCGCGCGCGUCGGCCGCGACGACGACGACGACUCCGACGACGGCGACGGCGCCGAGGCCGCGCCGGCGCUCGGGUCGUCGCCGAACCAGAUGUCCUUCGCGGCGACCGUGAACAGGGACUUGUUUUCUGUCGCGUCGGCCUUCCCCGAGCUCGGCGGGGGCCGCGCGCCGGCGCCGGCCCCUCCGCCUCGCUGGGGCCGGCCCGCGGCGCCGCCCGCGGAGUCGGCCGUCGUCGACGACGCGGGCGAGGCCGUCGACUUCGGCGGCUCCGCGGACCUCGCCGGCGCGCUCGCGACGGCGCUCGCGGGCGUCGACGCGGCCUCGCCGCCGCGGCGCGGGAAGAAGGGCGGCCGGAAGAAGGUGCUCCUCUCGUCCGGCGGCGGCCGGCGCUACGACUAACAAUUUUCUCG